UAUGUGUAACGGCCUAUUAAAUGGCAAAGAAUGGUAAAAGUAAAAAACAUCGAACAAAAGCUGAUACAGUACAAGUGAAACGAAUAAAGAACGUGGGGCUAAUUUCAUUACGUAACAUUUCCACAUUUUACAGCGACACGAGGUCACGCGGAUGCACAGAUUUACUGCCAUACCGGAUUUAGAAAUGUUACGGUUUGCUGUAAAAAUGUGAAAAAAAGAUCUGUUUGCAAUUGCCCAAUUAUUUGCAUGCUCUUGUACGUAUCAGCAGGCAAUUUCACAACAUGGUUAUCUUCGUGGUCUGUAUUUUUUUGUUGUUUACUACAUUCGCUGCUUCUCAGCCGCUGACUCAAAAACAAAGGUGUAAUUUUCUUGAGGAGGGAGGGAAAAUAUGUGCUCCCGACGCGUGCCGCAACGCCACGUGCUCCUUACUACCGGAAGCCAUCUGCUUGUCCGAUCAAUGUGGAUGUCGUGCUCAGUUUUUCCUUUACACCUCGGAGAAAUCGGAGAAGCCUUACGAAUCCGUGACUUUGUUGUGCAAUGCUGCUACAGAAAUCGAAGCGGCGAAGAACACUUUCAAGAAUGUACUGAACAACAACGAAAGGGCAGCGGAUACACUAGCAAGAAACUCAGAAUUGCAGAAGGAUUUGUUCAAUGGCUUAAAGACCUUCAUCGUGGAUAUAAUGCAAAUCAUAACUAACCAUCUAAAGAAAGAAGUCGAGAAGAGCCCCAUCACCGAAAACCUACAGCGUUACGAGCACGCUCUUGGUCGGCUCCGAAAGAUGAAAAAACAGGGAUUGACACUGGACGACUAUGAUAAGAUACUUUUAUAAUGUUGAGAUAUUUAAAAUUCACUCAAUAAUGUCGGAUAAGGUCAUCGUAGUGUGCCUGUAAAUUACUCCCGCACUUACUGGUUAAUAAAAAUUUUAAACGGUCCACUACAAGAUGAUACAAUAACGCAGAUUUAAGCAGUUGCAGCUCCUUUCAAACUGCAUUGCAAAUUGAAGU